UGACCACACGCAAUCUCAUUUUUCAGCUACCUAUCUCGUGAUCUCUGUCAUGCUGUACCCCCUCCUAAAUUGCAAAUUUCAUAAUGCUGAGCGAGAAGAAUGUCGUUAUUGAGAAAUUAAGUAUUUGCGUACCUCAGACUGAAUUACUCCACUAGUUGAGGGAUUUGUCAAAAACUAGCGGAAAUCUCUCAACCCAGUUUUGAGUGAUUGAUUGACUUGCAAUAGAUUGUGGAAUCAGCCCAUUUCCUGGAAUAAGUUCCAAACACUGACGCAACUGAGGUAAACCUGCCACACUCGAACUUCAACCUGCUGACAGUCUGGAGAAGCUGAAUAGCAGUUCAGUCUAACUUAGAUUCUAGUAUGUCUCAAAGACAAGCGGAUAACUGGGAAAUGGACGACAAGAACCUGGGAAAGAGAUUGGAAUCAGCUCAAGAGUCUUUCAAAGAAACCGCAGCUCCUCAGAACAGCCAGAGCUCUGAGCACGGUCUGUCCCAUGGCAUCGUUUUCCAGAAACCUAAAUACGUGCGAUUGAAAAACUGGCAGAGUGGGAACGUCUUCUAUGACACUCUCUACCUGCAGGCACACAAGCCAACCCCAUGUUCAGAGAAACGAUGUUUGGGCUCCGUCAUGUUCCCCAAAGAGCUUGUGGACAAGCCUGAAGCUCCAACCCAGUCCAAGGAACAACUGAACCAGCGAGCGACACAUUUCCUCGAACAGUACUACACAGCCAUGAAAAGAGCAGGAACAUCAGCCCACAUUCAGCGUCUAGUGGAGAUACAGAAGGAGGUAGACAUGACCGGCAUUUAUCAGCUAACACGGAAUGAGCUGAUCUUUGGGGCAAAACUGGCCUGGCGGAAUGCAGCUCGAUGUGUGGGCCGAAUACAGUGGAGUCGCUUACAGUUGUUUGAUGCUCGGGACUGCAAUACAGUAGAAGAGAUGUUCACCUAUAUCUGCAAUCACAUCAAAUAUUCAACUAACAAGGGAAAUAUCAGAUCUGCCAUCACAAUCUUCCCUCAGCGUUCAGAUGGGAACAGGGACUUUAGAGUGUGGAACAGUCAAUAUAUUCGGUAUGCAGGGUUCACUCAGGAAGAUGGUACAGUCCUGGGAGAUGGUGCCAAUGUCGAGUUCACUGAGCUUUGCCUGAAACUGGGAUGGAAGCCCAAGAGGAGCCGGUUCACAGUGCUGCCCUUAGUCUUACAGGCAAAUGGUGAAAACCCUCGGCUCUUUGAAAUCCCUCCAGAACUGAUCCUGGAAGUUCCUAUACAACACCCACAUUAUGAAUGGUUCUCUGAGUUGAAUUUAAAAUGGUACGCACUCCCAGCUGUUUCCAACAUGCUGCUUGAGAUUGGAGGACUGGAGUUCCCAGCCUCACCCUUCAAUGGUUGGUACACAGGCUCUGAGAUUGGUGUGAGGAAUUACUGUGAUUCAACACGAUACAAUCUACUCCAGGAAGUUGCAGAGAAGAUGGGAUUGGAGAGCUCAAAGGUCACAUCUCUGUGGAAAGACAAAGCUGCUGUGGAGCUGACUGUCGCUGUUCUCCACAGUUUCCAGCUUGCAAAAGUGACGAUAGUUGAUCAUCACACUAUCACUGAGUCCUUCAUGAAGCAUCUGGAGAAUGAGUACCGGCUUCGUGGUGGAUGCCCCACAGACUGGGUUUGGAUUGUUCCUCCAUUAUCUGGAAGUCUGACUUCUGCCUUUCACCAAGAAUUCCUCAAUUACAAUCUUUCUCCAGCAUUCUCCUACCAGUUAGAUCCCUGGAAAACACACAUGUGGAAAGAAAGUGAUGGGUUCCCUUUGAAAAAACGCACGAUUGGAUUCAAGGAACUUGCAAAGGCUGUGACAUUCUCCACCAAGCUGAUGUCCCAAGCCAUGGCCAAACGGAUAAAAGUGACAAUUCUCUAUGCCACAGAAACUGGAAAAUCGGAGACUUUCGCCCGGAAGCUCUGCAACAUAUUUAAGAAGGCCUUUGACCCAAAGGUUAUGUGCAUGGAUGAGUAUGACAUCGUUAAUCUUCAACAUGAAUCCUUAGUUCUCACUGUUACCAGCACUUUUGGAAAUGGCGAUCCACCUGAGAAUGGCCAGCAUUUUGCUGACCUUUUAAUGGAGAUGGCAGAUCCAAAUUCCAGUUUGGAGCAGGCAAGGAGUUACAGAGCUCGGUUUAACAGUUUAUCUGAAGAUGAUUUUGAAGCGUGCAUUGGGACAAUUGCUGAGGAGAAUAGUUUGGAGAGCACAGGACCAUUAGCAAGUGUCUGGUUUGCAGUCUUUGGCCUGGGUUCACGUGUGUACCCACAUUUCUGUGCUUUUGCCCGUGCCAUCGACACAAAACUGGAGGAGUUGGGAGCUCAAAGAAUCUUGACCAUGGCAGAAGGAGACGAGCUCUGUGGACAGGAUGAUCAAUUCCGGCUAUGGUCCAAGAAUGUUUUCAAGGCUGCAUGUGAGCUUUUCUGUAUUGAUGAUGACGCUGGUGAUGAUGACUUCCACAAUGACUCCACCUGGAAACCAAAAAAAUAUAGGCUGUCUGUCGUUGCUGAGAUGAUAGACCUGGAACCAGUAUAA